ACUGUGGCCAACUGUCUCACUGUUGCGUCCACGCGCGCGCCAGCGUCCUUCCCAUCGCAUGGCCGGGGCAAGCGCGCAGCCCGCGUGGGCGCAGGCGCUCGCGGCGGUGGGCCUCCUCGUCGCGUCGCGGGCCGCGGUGCGCCUUGCGCUGUGGCUCUACGCGGCCUUCCUCCGCCCCGCCAAGCCGCUGCGCCGCCGCUACGGCGCCUGGGCCGUCGUCACGGGCCCCACGGACGGCAUCGGACGCGCGCUUGCCUUCGAGCUCGCCGCCGCGGGGCUCGGCCUCGUCCUCGUCGGCCGCAGCCCCGACAAGCUCGCCGCGGUCUCCAAAGAGGUGACGGCCAGGCACCCUGGCGCUGGGGUGCGCACCUUCGUCCUCGACUUCGCGGCCGACGAGCUCGCCGCCAACGUGGCGGCCCUUGCUGAGUCCAUCCGAGGGCUCGACGUCGGCGUGCUCGUCAACAACGCCGGCCACUGCUACCCGUACGCGCGCUACUUCCACGAGGUUGACGAGGAGCUCACGCGGAACCUCAUACGCCUCAACGUCGAGGCCCUCACGCGGAUGACGAACGCCGUGCUUCCUGGCAUGGUGCAGCGCAAGCGGGGCGCGGUGGUGAACAUCGGGUCCGGCGCCGCCACCAUCCUGCCGUCCGACCCGCUCUACGCCGUGUACGCUGCCACCAAGGCAUAUGUCGAUCAAUUCUCGCGAAGCCUAUAUGUUGAGUACAGGAACAAAGGUAUCGAUGUGCAAUGUCAGGCACCCUGGUACGUGGCGACGAAAAUGGCCUCGAUCAGGCAGGCGUCCCUGUUCGCCCCGUCGCCGGAGACGUAUGCCCACGCCGCGGUGCGCUACAUCGGAUACGAGCCCCGGUGCACGCCUUACUGGGCGCACGCCCUCGUGUGGUUCCUCUUCACCGUCGUCCCCGAGCCCAUCGCCGACAAGUAUGUCCUUGGUGUGUCCCUCGGCAUCCGUGACAAGGGACACGCCAAAGAGGCCAGGAAGAAAGCCAUAUGAGUGACAUGUGCGGUGAAAGAAAGGCUCAUACGCUCUCAAAGAUCAACCCAGAUGAAAUUCUACGUGUUAACUUUUACUCCCUUCGUCUCAAAAUAAGUAACUCAACUUUAUACUAGUUUUACAUGCAUGCCAACUGUAAUAAGAUGAAUGACUGCACAACUAUUUGCGUUGGUAGUCAUCUUAUCAUGAUGUCCUGACAAUGUGUAUUGUGCUUGCACGUACCGCGUGUUUCUUGGAUUUGGAUGGCAUAUGUACCAUCAUGCAUUCAUGUUUCUCCUAGCUAAUAAAAGGUCGUGUAAAUUGGCAA